ACUUAUGAUCAAAGCGAUAGAAAAGAUAACGUUAUUCAAAAAUCUACUGUUACUACAAAGAUAAGUUCAUAACUCUUCGUCCUGGUGCGCGUUCUUGUAGAGCAUUAAAUGUUUAAUCAGUGGUUUACACUGCAUGUUGUUCCGUCACGCCACAGUUUUACUACGGGUCUCAAGUUGCAAAGAUACUGCCUGUAGAAAUGGAUCACUGCGUUGUUGAAAUGCAAGGCGAAGGCUGGAGUUAUCCGAGUGCUCUAGAAAUACCAGUUACUGAUGGUAGCCACUUGUCGAAUUUGGUUUUAGCUUUGUCCAUCGUCGUCAUUGUGCUGGACGUCUCUUGGCUUGGUGCAAUACUUCCUCACUCCCCCUUGCGAACUCAGAUAGGUGCUUUUUUAAUUUCCAACUGCCUCUGGGAUUUGUUCGUAGUUAUUUCAUGUACCUUCAUAUAUCUCCCCGCGGUUUGGAAUGAUAUUCUCGUCAGCGUGGUUGUGGGUCACAUAACCGUGAUCGCUAUUAUUCGAUAUUUAAAGACAUUCAAUACCGCUUUCUAUAAUCAGUGGAUCGGCAACAAAAAGGCUACAUGCUCUUUGAUAAUUUUGAUUCCUACUAUUUCAGCUUUUAUUAUUAUUGUUUUUGGAUGUAAUAAAAACAACGCAUCAUGGAGCCCCUAUAUAGACUUGAACAUUAUAAAUCCUUUCAUGCAUACUUCUGCGUUGUUUAUUGUGCUUGGACUUUACGGAAGGCUCAUACGUCAAAUGUAUCGGCGCGCUUCCCAUCUGAUCAUAUCAAGAGCGGUCAUUCAACGAGAACCACGUCCACUGGAACAACCUAUUCCCCAAGCGCAUUUGAAAAUUCGGAAAUUUCUUCAAAGCAAUGAUUUCAAAAUUACCCGGAUAUAUUUUACUGCGAUGCUGGUUGUACUUUCUCAUGUGCAUUUGAAGAUUCGCAAUUUCCUCGAAACCAAAGAAUACAAAGCCAGCCGAAUGUAUAUUGCAAUGACGUUGGCCGCAAUAUUUCCAGUGUGGCUGCAUUGUAUGAUUCGUUUUGCUGGCCUGGACCAAUUUCGAGAAAUCUUGUACUGUUUAAUGCUUCUGAACUCCUGCAUCAAUCCUAUUCUGCUGUUUUUGCUGAACCGCAAUUACCGAACUGGAUUUAAAUUAACGGUUAACCAAUUACCAUGUUCAGUUAACUUUCGCAGCAAAACAGGACUGACAAGUAAGAAUGCCCAAUGGGACGAGAUGGCGAUAGCUUUUGAGAGCAGUUAGAGGUUUUAUCCGGCGAGUCAAGAAUUAUGUCUUAGUUUUACGAAUUACAGUGCUAUUACGCGUAUAAAUAUUGUACGCUUAUGGAUAUAGUGUUUGUUAUUGAACCAUCCAGUUAUGAUUAAUUAUCGACUCCCCCAUUUCUAUUCUGUGUAUGCGCUUUAUACUUACGGUUAGUUAACAUGCUGCCUUUGGUCAAUUUUCUUAGCAUCUAGUCUUGUAGUACCCCUGUUAGCGCUUGGUUUGAUUUGAUUUUUAUACCUUGUCGCAAACCUCGUUCCGCAAUUGUAUGAAAUUCUGAAUA